AUGGAAAACUUCACAGUCUUCAUGGAAAAUGUCACCGUUGACUCAACGACUGAAAUUUUGACCUACAUCCAAUUGUCGUACGGAGUUCCGUCUUUCAUUCAAAUGGUUCUCUAUUUUUUCAUAAUUUUGUUUGGGAAAAAGUACAAGAAGAGCUCAUUUUACCGUUUGGUCCUGUUCGAUUUGUGCACGAACAUCUUUGUCUACGCAAACACCUGGAUCGCAAUUCGUCUGGAAAUGCAUCCCAGUAUGAUUUUCAUUUUGAAAGCUGUCGAAUAUUAUAUCCCCGGACUCUUGACAGCACUAAAAUAUUUUCCCUAUUGGUUCUUCCAUAUGCAUUUCUGGACAGCCGCACUUUUAACCAUCCACCGAAUGACCUCAAUAGCUUUUCCAUAUGCAUAUGAAAAUUUCUGGAAUCGCUACUUCUGGGGUGUCGUUUUGUUAUGUUGUGUCUACAGUCACGCGCCAAAGUACCUAUGGACAGCCUGGCUUUAUCAAGUCAAUAUUUGGAAUGGGCAACUCGUUUGUGUCAAUUUUCCGGGAACACUGAAAGCCGCUAUUAAUGUAGUCGCUGCGUUUUCAGUCACUUAUUUUUGUUUGAAUUUGGCGCUGGGAUUGAGUUGUGCAAGAAUGGCUUCGCGAAAAAUUGAAGCCACCUCAUCCAAAUCGAACAUCAAAAAAAAGCUCAACCGAAUCGCAUUGACCUAUUCCGUCGUCUACACCGCUGAAGUCAUCUGGAGCGUUUUGAAUGCGGCGAACGGAUUUUGGAAUUUCCUGCCAGCAUUUUUCGUCAAACUCAACACCAAUCUUCUUGUAUUUGCAUCUGAUUUGUUUACCCUAUCACUUCCAUUCAUUAUGCUGAUUUUUGACACAAAUAUCCGUCAGGACGUCUUCGAAUGGUGCAGAAGAACGAGACAAGUCUCACAACAAGGAACUACUGUUUUUGUGUCACAUUAA